AUGAUCACCCGGGAUGUUGUCUUCUACGAGGAGGUGAACUACCUGCAGUGGAAGGGAGUAGAGAAAGAGAUUGCAGCAGCAUGGACAGCAAUUGCACCGGACAAGGUGGACGAUCUUUUGGAAGAAAAGGAGAGUGAGGGAGUUGGUGAUGAAGGAGAUGAGGAACUCGAAGAUGUGGAACGGGCAGAUUCAGUUGAUUGGGUGUGGGAGAAGGCACCAACCAGGGAAGCGGAUGAAAGCAAGGUAGUGGAGAUAGCAGGGGAGCAGCCAAGCAAAGAAGUAGCUGAGGAUGGCAUUGAUGAAGUGGCUGAAGAAGAGGGAGAUGAAGAAUCAGCAGCUGAAGGAGAUAGUGAUCCUUGGAAGCUUCUAAACAGUGAUGACAACAAUGCCAAGAUGAGGGAGAUAGAGGAAUUACUUGAGGAGGGCGCCAUCGUGAUUGGAAGGGAAGUGAAGAAUGGAGAAGGGAAAGCACUGGCGGAUUCCAGUGAGGAUGAGGUCGAGUCACCUGCAGAGGAGUUGGGGAAAGGAAAGAGGGUGAAGAAACCAAACCCUCGAUUCCACGGGCUAUCAGCGGACGAGCGCGGCCAAUGGCGUGCGUUCCUCUUCAAGCUGGGUCACGACAACCUGUCGACAGCACUUCCCGAGGAGCAGUUCGUGGCCUGUUACAACAACACCUACGUGGUGUACACUUCCAUUGCUGACAUCCGCAUCUACCUCAUUGGGGACGACGAGUACGAUGAGCUGGCAUUGUCGGAGAUCCUCACCAUGAUUCUCGAUCUUCUCCGGGCGGCAUGCAAGCGCACGCCGACCCAGGUGGCGCUGCUGGACCGGUACGGCAAGGUUUGUCUGUGUCUGGACGAGGUGAUUGCGCAGGGCAGGGUGGAGCACAUGGAGGUGGAUCGAAUCCUUCGCCUCUCACGGCUAAAGCCCUUGGAUGCGUCGUAA